CAUUUUGAACUAGCCUGAAUGAUAUGCCAGGCCUGCUGAACUGAGGGUAGCUUUAUUUUAGUCAAGUAUUUAUAACAAAUAGUGAUGCUCUAAGGGGUUUUAAGUCAUGGCGUGUUCAGAUUUGUUUGUACCCUGUAGGGUUUUAAGAAAAGUGAAAUAAAAUGACAUAACACAAAAUAAAAUACCCACAUUGCGAACAUAAACAUGUUGAACAGAGUCACGUUUGGGGGCCUGUGUGGAAAUUUGCAAGGAAAGCUGGAGAGUUAAAAGUGUCCAGGCGUGGUGCACCUUCCCUUUCACCCUCAUACAGGCAGGACAAAGGUCUGUCUUCACUUAGGACAGGAACAUGUUUCUUUCUUGGAUGGUUUUGUUGAGGGAGAGGAUGGAGGGGGAGGAAGUGGGCUUCUCCUGGGGUAUCCAGCUGGGCCUAGCCCUGUGGGAGACAGGACGCGGGCCAGUCAGGCCCUCCAGCCCCCUCUAUCAGGCUGUUUCCUAUUUUCAGAGGUCUAUAGGGUGGCCCUUGUGAGGCAACAGUAAUAAACACAUUGUCCUGAAAUGUAAACUGGGGAGGGAGGAAAUGCCUGGCAUUGGUGAUAUGUCUGUCUGCUUAUUUGCCGAGAAUGUUGUUUGGGGGAGAUAAUGUAUACUGUGGAGACAGUGUUUUCAGGGAUGUUUGUGAAGAUGACGUCCUGAUGAAGGACUAAGACGAUGAUGACAUCUGAAGCAGGACGCAGGUCUCACAGCCAGCCUGAGCUUGCCCGGGGUCCUCCCUUCAGCUCCUUCCUCCAUUUCAGGGUCCUCCUGGUGGUCCAUGCUCUGACCACCACACCCCCCAACUUCUGGCCUCGUUUCCCCCGCACGCCUCCCCUAGGAUGCCCUCUCAUGCUCACAGCUGCCUGCAGCUCCUCCUCCUCUCCAUUCCCCUCCUAAAACUGAAUAAUUAGACCUUUGCUAAUAGGCAGUAGAAAAGGCUCCAGGAGACAGCCAUCUCUGCUCCUCUCCUUUAUUAAGUACUUUCCAUGUGCCAGAUGUUUUACUUAUAUCAUUCAUUUAAUCCUAACAACCUAAAAGGCAGUGAUAAUUGCCAUUUCUCCCAGUUUACAGGUUGAGAAACUGAGGCUCAGGGAAGGAAAUUGAUUACCCUCACAAUGGGUAGCCCUGGGAUUUGAACUUAAACAUGAGCCCUUGAAGACUCACUCAAGGGCUCUACUAACAGUGACUUGUCCAUGGGAGGGCACACUGCGCUUGAAGAAGACGGCCACCCAGCUUCCCCCAGGGGCCCCAGCAGUCCUCCACAAGGUUCCCCACAGUGAGCCUGCUUUGCUGGUGCCAGGCCUGUCAAGGCUCAGUGUGGUUCCAGACCCUUCUGUACUUCCCUGCUCCCUAUCAGAUCAAAUCCAGAUGCUUUUCUCCAGCCAUGGUCAAGGUAAACGUGGAAGCCGUAGAGCACCAUAGGGGGCGCUCUACCUAUCAUGCACCUGCUCAGUGUUUAGUGCCGGCUUCUCUUCACCUCUUCACUCCCGGGGUUAGAUGGGCCCCUCCCUUCUCUGGGGAAAGGGUUAUUGGAUAAGCUGACUUCCAGCUGGGGCACUUGUUACAGCGUUAACAGUCCUAAGCCUCAGUACAUUAACCUCUGAAAAAUGGAUGACUCCAGACCCAGCACCGUAUUGGAGACAGCAGGGCUCAACUUCCGCUGACCUGUCUUGAAUGGCGACUUUGCCCUUCGACCUGCCUCUCCGGGCCGGACAAUUAUUAACCCAUGUAAUCAGACUCUGUGUGAACUUCUCUUUCCAGAUAAGGCAGCUUUCUGAAAAAGUUGCCUUAGAGCAGGGUCUCUCCAGCUCAGUUUUGUGUUUUGCUAGUGCCCUGUGGGUUGCUUGUGUUAGUUAUGCCAUGGGCAGGGAGCGUCCUGUGGUCAGUUAAGCUGGAGAAGCACUGCACAGGAGAGGAGAUUAAGCCUUGGAGAGUGGAGAUGACGUACCCAGGACCCGUCAGCUAAUAUGUGGCAGAGCCUGAAUAGACACUCUGACCCUGCCUUCCUCUGAAGUCAUCUUGAAAUUAGAGGACAUGUGCUGGGUCAUAGACAGGUGGGCUUCUGUGGAGCUACUGGCCCAGCUGAGUUCCACGGACAGCCUUAGUACAUGACACUGCUGAGCCUGGUCCCCUGUGUCCUCUGUUGGUGUUGCUGUUGAUUUUGGAUGCAAGUGCCAGCUUCCAUGCCGCCUUCCCAGAGGAGCCGUCCGUCUCUCUGCAGCUCAGCGCCUUGGAUUCCCUUGUCCUCCGCCCACUAGAGUGCUUUGGACACACUUCAAGUCUGGCUCCUCUCCCAGUAUAGGAGAUUGCAAACUCCACAGGAUAGGGGCCCGUGGAUUGUGUUGGCUGCUGGAAGGGACACCUGGUAGGCACUCAGUCCCGCCCCGGGACCGACCCUGGGAGGGCGCAGAGCCGUGGGGGAAGGUAGGUGACCAAUACGGGCUGGGUCUGCGCCCUCGGGAGAAAAUGCAGCUGGACGAGUCCAGCGAGUGCGGGACCCCGCCCCGGCUCCUCCCCCAGCCGGGCCUCAGCCCCGCCCCCGCGCUGCCCCUGCCGGCGCUACUGGCCUGCGCGGUCCCCACCCUCCCCGCCUCCACCGGGGCGGCCCCCGGCUUAUUCCACUCGCGAGAAGCACCGCGCCGAGCCCGCCACCAACGCCGCUGAGGGAUGCUGCGCUCCACGUCCACAGUCACGCUGCUCUCGAGCGGCGGCUCCAGCGCUCCCGGGGCGCCCAACAGGAGGGCAAAUGUCUGCAGACUACGGCUGACCGUACCUCCUGAAAGUCCAGUGUCUGAGCCAAGUGAAAAGAAGGUUGAAAGAAGAGAGAAGUAUCGUGACCUGAGCAAUGAUGAACCCACCAUGAAACUCCCUCAGGGUGUUGUCUAUGGUGUGGUGCGAAGAUCAGAUCAAAACCAGCAGAAAGAAAUGGUGGUGUAUGGGUGGACCACCAAUCAGCUGAAAGAAGAGAUGAACUACAUCAAAGAUGUAAGAGCCACUUUGGAAAACGUAAGGAAGCGAAUGUACGGAGACUAUGAUGAAAUGAGACAGAAGAUUCGACAGCUCACCCAGGAACUGUCAGUUUCACAGGCUCAGCAGGAGUAUCAGCAGAAUUACAUCCAAACCCAGUCAUCAGCCCUGGACAGUUUUAAUACCAUGAACUCGGCUUUGGUGUCGGACUCCAUCGGCCUGCAGAAAACCCUUGUGGAUGUUACUUUGGAGAAUAGCAACAUUAAGGAACAAAUCAGAAAUCUGCAGCAGACACAUGAAGCCUCCAUGGACAAGCUGCGGGAAAAGCAGAGGCAGUUAGAGGUAGCACAAGUGGAAAACCAGCUGCUGAAAAUGAAGGUGGAAUCCUCCCAAGAAGCCAACGCGGAGGUGAUGAGAGAGAUGACCAGGAAGCUGUACAGCCAGUACGAAGAAAGGCUGCACGAAGAGCAGCAGAGGCACAGUGCCGAGAAAGAGGCGCUCCUGGAAGAAACCAAUAGUUUUCUGAAAGCCAUUGAAGAAGCCAAUAAAAAGAUGCAAGUGGCAGAGACCAGCCUAGAGGAGAAGGACCAGAGGAUCGGGGAGCUGGACAGGCUGAUUGAGCACAUGGAGAAGGAACGCCAUCAACUUCAACUCCAGCUCCUGGAGCAUGAAACAGAAAUGUCAACAGAAAUUACCAAUUCUGACAAAGAAAGGUAUCAGCGGCUGGAGGAGGCGUCAGCCAGCCUCCGGGAGCGGAUCCGACACCUAGAUGACAUGGUGCAUUGCCAGCAGAAGAAAGUCAAGCAGAUGGUUGAGGAGAUUGAAUCACUAAAGAAAAAGGUGCAGCAGAAACAGCUCUUAAUAUUGCAGCUUUUAGAAAAGAUAUCUUUCUUAGAAGGAGAGAAUAAUGAACUACAAAGCAGGUUGGACUAUUUAAUAGAAACCCAGCGCAAGACUGAAGUGGAAACCAGAGAGGUUGGAGUGGGCUGUGAUCUUCUACCCAGCCAAACAGGUAGGACUCGUGAGAUCGCAGUGCCUUCCAGGAAUUAUACCCCAUACACACGAGUCCUGGAGUUAACCAUGAAGAAAACUCUGACUUAAGCACUUGGAGACGUGCACUUUUCACUGGUGGACAAAGGCCCUGGAACCCUGCGGCUUGAAGUCUGGAAAGGGUGACUGUUGCUUCCUCCUAUACACUGUUUAAGCUGCAGUGGAAAUUGCUGAGGUUCUGAUCCACUUCUAAAACAUGAAGGAAAGUGGAGGGGGAGGGGGAAGGCAGGAGAGAGAGGUUUCAAGGUCAUAUUUCAAACACCCAACCAGUGUAUGUACCCUGCUGUACUGGGCCAUCGUUAGCUUUCCAUUCAGACACUGAGUCCUAUCGGGAGAAUUCCCUCACUAUUUUCUGUUUUACUAGACUUCGGCUGGGAGGAAACAAGGCAUUAACUUGAAAUUUCAUGUUACUUAUUGCCAGGAUCAUUUGUUACAGCAUGAAGGUUUUAUUUACCCAUAGAAGUAUUAGAGGUGGUGUUUCUCUGCUACAGGGAAGCCUGUCUGCAGGAGCGCAGGCACAUGGGGAAAUGUGACCCUGGGAAGGAAGGGGCAGGUGCCGAGGACCUGUGCAGGGGCGUGGGAGCCUCGGCUGCAGCCGGUCCUCGUGUGGGCAGACACGCUUCAUUCUGACGUGCUAACCCCUUGGUUUACUUUGUGCCUUACGCCUUUAUGGGGCCAGCUGAAAUCACUGUAUUUAUUCAACCUGUGAUUUAUUUUUUCUUUCUUUCUCACUUUAACUGAAAGAGAAUUUUGUAUGUUGUGGAAAUUUAAUCACUUAAUGUUUUCGAUACCAAUUGGUGUUUUUGUUAAAGGAAUGAGUGAUUUGUUCAUGCAUGCUCUACUUUGAUAUUAUAACCUAUGUCACAUGUUUAAUA